CAACGCGUUGUUCGGAAGCACACUCGCACAUAAUGAUAUGUUGUGUUAACUACGCCCAAUUUCUCAUUGAAGUAAUUUACUUGAACAGUUAACAGCAAAUGCGACAUGUGACUUCGGCGAUUUUCGGGCUCAGGGGAGAGGGAAAAAGAGAAAAUCAGCAAUAUGAGAACAUCGGUCAUCAGCAUAGCUCGUAUGGUUUCCGGCGCUUACACGUGCCAAUUUUCGAAGGCGAGCCUUAUAAUGAGGAGACAAACAUAACGGUGUACGUCACGGCAAACGCGAACGGAUGUAUUCCAAGAUAACAAACAACAACUCUCAUCUCACAUCUGGACGUUUUCGAGUCGCUCGACAGAGAAGGAGGAUCUAACGAGCGAGUCGCAUACGAAAUAUGCGUCUACGUGACAUCGAUUAUACUCCACAGCGAUGUCGCAAUCGAAAAAUAAUAUUUCACGGGUAUCCGUGACGUCCUGCCCUAAACACACCAGAAAUCUAUCAAAGAAUCGACAUUGGAGUUGACACUCGGCUCAGAACUACGGCGAGGAACGUCGACAGCGGGACUUCCAGGAAAGAUUCGUGAAGCUUACAUAAGCGAAUGUCUUUACACAUAUUAAUCACUCUCGAGUUGUCGCUUACGAGCGCAUCGGCGCGACGGUGAGCAGCAGGAAAGGCGCGUAUCUCGGAAAGUCACAUACAUUUAAAAUGUCACGUUCCCGACGGGCAUUUCUGAUCGUGUAUUAUACACGUCCCUCAGGUUUACCUUAAUAUCCCGUAGACACGUUAUUCGUGCGACGAGCGGGACAGUAAACACGACUCACUGGAACGGAAGGACGGAUGUCGCUCGACAAACACAGAGCAUUAUUUUCUAAGCAAAUCUGCCGAUGUGUGUGCGAGCGGAGCUGCGAGCGCAUUUUCGCUUAUUACUUCGCAGCGCGCAUGCGCGCGACGAACCAUCUCGAAGCGCGCGUUGCCGAUUGUCAGUCGUAGCGGCGCGGUGGCUCAGUAGAGCGUCGAGCGUUGAGACGUGGAGAGUGUUCAUUCUGCUGCUCUUGCGAACACUUGGCGCCAAAUUGGAAGAAGAGCACCUCGGUCGGGUCGCGUGCACUUCUCACCAAUAAAAAAAUCACGGAUCUAACCUAACGUCAAACUCAGCCAAUCGAGGUGUCGAGGCGAGCGUAAUUCACGUACGCGCGUACGUACGUGCGUACGUAGAAGCGCUGAAAAAGAGAGAACACGUCGUCAUGGGUAUCGUGUGGUGUGUCCCGCGGAUAUAACACGGCUCGCGUGCGAUUUCGGGGUGCAGAGAUCGAGUGCGGGAUCGACGGGGCGAGAAAGGCGGAGAAAUACUGCACACAACGACGAUCGGCACCAGUAUCUUUCGUCGAGGAGAGCGAAGGAGAGACAACGGAACAGCAGCAGCAGUAGCAGCAGCAGGGGAAAGUGAGAGACAGGCAGACCGAUGCAGAGCCGUUUGCUCCGUCUUCAACGACUGGAUGACACUUAGAUCUGCUUGUAAAAUCGAACGAGACAGAAUCUACAUACAGAAAUGACCGGCACAAGAAUGACUCCUGCACUGGGAGUAUGCAUAGGGACUUUGCUGCUGCUCUUCGGCGAUCCAUUACAGCAAGUUACAGCAGUACCGAUUGUGCCGCCGGGCAAAUUUGAUUCCCAGGUAACGCCGACUCCCCAGGGAGCCACGACGAUCUUGACAAGAAUCUCACCGAGCAAUAAGUCGAUCGGAGAAAAGGAUAGGCAAAAUGUCGAACUGACGAGUAGAACAGCUCACGACGGGGAGAAUGGAUCGCGGGACAGGGUCGACCCUGACGAAAGUCAGAAUGAGGGGAAAAGCGAUGUACCGGUGUCACACCAUGAGACACACGCGAGUUCUCAGGCGGGCAGCUCGACUGAAGAAAUCGAGAGCGCGGAUAGUAGUAAAAAGUAUGGAGAAAUUUCAGCUGAAAGCUCCGGCAAGAGCACGAACGCUGUCUCCGAGAGACCUCUCAAGCUCUCUAGGACAAAUGAACUGACUGUUACGACCACGAAGCCGAAAGACUCCAAGCAGGACAACAAAAAAAACUCGGAGAACGCCACGCAUGAAGAAUCUCCCGACCAUGAAGGAAUAUUGGCCAAGACCGUGUCGCCAAGCACGAAGGAGAAACUCAUCGACGGGAUAUUAAACACGAGCAGUAAGGAAAAUCUAGAGUUCAAGCAGGAUACCAACGUAGAAACGACGUCUGGGAAUCAUACACUUCCGCAGGAGUUGCUCGUUCACUCUGAGGACAAGAAGAACUUGAUGACGGAGGAAAUAAUGACCGUCGCGUCUAUAGAAGAUUCCUCCUCGACGUUCCCGAAAUCGACGGAAAAGACUGCGAAAUCCGAGAAGAAUGGCAAAGCUAACAAGUCCGAUCACAAGGAAGUCAUCCCAAAGCUCGAAUCGAGGAAAGACAAGAAUUCGACCUUGGCCAACUUUACGGAUCGAAAGGAUGUGGAGGAUUGGCAAUUGAAGAGCCAUGAUCGAGAAUUAACCACGAUGCGCGGUGUUCAGCAUGAAGACGUCUCGGAAAGCAAGGAAGACGCGCUCGAUUCCGCCACGACGGCAUCCGAAGCGUUUGAUUUGGAGAAGACCGAUGGGAAGAGACGAGCCGUCUCCCUAAUUAAUGACACCUACGUGAACUACAAGCCACAGGCGGAAAAGGAGUCCAGAGACAACGCGAGAGAUCAGGUCGCUGACGUGGACGGAUCGCGCAGCAAAGGCGACCCGAAAGAAGAGGUGGAGGUCGUCGAGAAUGUGACUCAUCAGCCGAUAUUGAAGAUUAUAGAUACGAACAACACUGCAGCAAACCAUUCUCAUACGAAUGAAGUUGGCAACGGACAGACAGAGGUCGUCUACAAAAGAGGAAAGGUGACCGUCACUGGAGACAAAGAUGAUGAGGAACAAAAGGUAUUCAACGCAAGCAUCAAGAGCGCGGACGACGACACGGGAGAGCGGAAAUCGAUAGACAAACCUGAGUCCCAGGUGAGGUCGCUCGAAACGACGACUCUGAGCGCUCAGCCCGAAGAGCAGACCACUUCCAGAGUAAUUCCUAGUCCGAUUCCGCAAGGCAGAACCAUCGAAUUUUCUGGGGUUAACGAGUUCCCGAGCGUCGAGGUGAAAUCUACGACUACGACGAGGAUAGAUACUAUAUUCGGGACAGCGCCGGCUAUACAGAGCACGAAAAUGAUAACUCCGAAGCCUUAUCUGCACGUGGAGUCCGUGAGAUCGCUGGAGAUGACGACAGAAACGACAAGUCCGAAACCGAGGAACAGCAGCGGCGACGUCGCUGAAGAAACGUCGGCUUACGAGAACACUAUCAGCAGAGAAGAGUCGGGGAAGAAGUCUAUCGUCACCGAGGCUUCUGUCGUGCUCGAGAACAGCAUCCAACAGCAGAAGCCGGACGAGAAGGGUUUGAACGAAGGCUCCGCGAACAUCACCACGGAGAGCUCCUCCGCAGCGAUUACAACAGUAAUACCAAUAAUGGACGAAAUCAGGCCGACGAACGAGACUUUCCCGGAUAAGUCGAACAGCGGUGUAAAGUCCAUGGAAAAGAAGGACUCGAGAGCGGAACAGAACGAUGACGCCUCGACUGCGAAAUCGGGGGAGAAAGCAAUCGCAAGUACAGACGAGGACCACGAUGUGACCGGGAAGGGAAUAACGGAAAUCAGUUUGCCCGAAAACGACGGCAUGGAGGUGAUACCACGUCCUGUCAAAGCGACAACGCCAUUGCUAGCGCGCUCCACGGAGACGCCAAUCACGAGAGUGUUCUCUCUCAAUACGGACAUCCAGACACAAUCCGAGGAGGCUAUGAUGAAUCGCUCAACUAUCGUCGUUGCCGAUUCCACGAGAGUCCCUUUGGACAAGGACACUGCGACCGGGCCGAACCAAUUCACGAUUCCCUCGACGCCGCCGGCGAAAGGCAUCAUGUCAACUCCCGCCGCGGCGACUGUCGAGAAUACGAAGUUGACGCUGAAGGCGCACGCGACGCUGCAGCCUCUGGCGAACCACAGUGACGAGACCGCACCUACUACCUUGAACCCUGACGAAUCGUCAGUGCCGACCACCACAUCCAUUGAAUUCGAGUUCGUCGGUCUCACGGAGGCGAUCUCUUCGAACACCACCGAGAAGAGCACCGCGGAGCGGACUUUCAAGGAGCAAACGAUACCGAUGAGAAUCACGACCCCGAGAUUGACAACUCCGUAUUCCUCCUCUACGAAGAACAGCUCAGCGGAAGAGGCGCCCACCAUGACGGCGAAACUCGAGGACUUCACGGAGCUUCCAACGACGAGCGAGCACGAGAUCCCGACGACGGAACCGAUAUCAUCGAUCACGGCGAACAACACUGAUGAAGUCCUUCCCACGGUCACUGAGCUUCCCGUCAAAGAACAGAGCACAGAAUUUAUGAAGAAUGAAGUUACUACGAACGUGAUCGAUUUUACCGCUGCUAUGACUGAGAUUGGAAUCCUCGGCGUCACCGAUGACCCUUCGGCAUCUAAGAACUCGAGUCUCGACGCGAAUGUCACGUUGACAGUCGCCCCGGGCGCGACGGAACUUCCGCCGAAACCGAUUGUCACGGUCCCACCUGAUGUUAUGAAGAAUAUUAUGAAGAGCCAUUCGGUUCCUCCCACUUCUAUAAGCACUUUGGAACCAGAAGUUUUCGGAAACACUCCGAAUAGCUCGGAACCGCCCGACAAGGACGUCACGGCGGAUAUCCGGUCGUUUCAGGACGAGAUCACGUUGCUGGUGAAUAUAGUUAUAGAAGGCAGUCCGCAAGAGAUCUGUCCUCGUAUGCUGGAACUGAAGAAUGCACUCGCGAUGAUGCUGACAAGCGGCAUGAACAAGCUCGUCUUCUGUAAACAAAUUGUCAUCCACAAGAACCCUUGUUACGAGCCGACGAGCUCGUUACCGACAUCCACGGACAUUCCCCUGACGUCUAUUUUGGUUUACGUUAUCGACGAGGACGGCAAGUUCAACGCCGCUAUGACAAAGAACAUGCCAAGUUUGUACAAGGUGACCAACACGUUGUUUCCAGUGAAAAUAGUCAAGUUUGUGCUGGUACAGGAAACGGGUUCCGAAAGCGCAAUAGCCGCUGCCAUCUUUUCAUCUAUGAUCUUCAUUUGUUUGGUUGCCAUAGCCAGUCUUAUGAGGUUAUUGAUUCAAUGCAUGGCCACUAAGCUAACCGUCACCGCAUUUCGGGACAUUUUCAUAGUGAAAAGGAGACGAACGAGAUUCAAUUACGGACAACGCUGCCAGCCGGUAUCCUUGGACACUUUCAGCCUCGACAACAUUUCGGCAUACAACAGCAUACAGAGACGGAAAGUUACGACGAGAGCCAGCAGAAGUUACGGCAAUCCGACCUUCGAAGAUUCGAGCACCAUACCAUCCCACCCGCUGAACUUCACCGGGCUUUUAUAUUUCUAUAACGACCUUAACCUAAUCAACGAGGAGUUCCUGAGUAUACCUCAGUUUUGGGCGGAGAUAGACGAGCUGCCCCCGGGCGCGGAGUUGAAGAACAGAUACGCCAACGUGAUACCGUUUCCGGAGACGAGGGUAUCGCUAAAGAGACUAAACAAUGACGCGAUGACUGAGUACAUCAAUGCCAGUUACGUGCGGGGACCCAAGAACGCCGUAAAGUACUACAUCGCAUGCCAAGCACCAUUAGACACGACCGUGAUCGAUUUCUGGAGGAUGAUCUGGGAGCAGCAUUGUAAAGUGAUUAUCAUGUUAACUCACCUGGUCGAGAAUGGGGUGGAAAAGUGCACAGAGUACAUCCCACCUUCAGAAGUGACCGAUUGUCAUCGACUUUACGGUGACUUUCAAGUCACCCUGAAAAAGCGAGAAACCAAAGAGAAAUACGCCAUUUCCAUGUUACAUUUGAAGAACCUGGAAAACAAUACAUUUCGAGAAGUAUACCAUAUUUGGUACUUCUGGUCGCUGAGUGACGUUGAGUCGGACGGCGCGAGUCUAAUAGCGGUGCUUCUCGAGGCGAGAGCACUACAUCGAGGAGGUCCUGGACCCAUCGUAGUCCACUGCAGUUCCGGUACUGGACGUACCGGCACGUUAAUAGCUCUCGAUUUAGGAAUUAGACAAUAUGAAAUUACGAGGACCGUGGACAUGCCGAGGGUCGUUUACACUAUCAGAAAAGACCGUGCUGGCGCAGUUCAAACGAAAGAACAAUAUGCAUUGAUAUACAAGGCACUAAAUCUGUACGCGACAAAACUCUCCGGCGGCACGCUGGAAUAAAGUGAGAACAACCUACGAGAUGAGCUACGCUGGAAACGACGAAGAUCGGUUAUUUUGCUGAAGGACAAUACGGACACUUACACCAGCCGUGAAGAUCUCAUCCAGCGAUGUUGUCGUAUCAGUAAUAAGGAUAAAUAGAUGCGCGAGUUUUGAUCAAUCGCUAGUCACAGUAAAUGUAAGCUCUGCGGAAAUGCCAAACGUCACUCAAUUCGAAUCUGUCGUUUGAUGUCUUGCGAGGCAAAGGAAAGAAGGCACUAUGUUGUACGUAGUUUUGUAGUACGAAAUGGUAAUCAUGAAAUUAACAUGAUGGAUUAUGAGCAUUUUGUUUGGGUACUGGAACGUAUUGUCAGACGAACUGAAUUUUUCGCGGAGAACUGAUUGUUACCAGAAGUAUAGGGCGAUAAUAUCUUGUGAUAUGUGAGAUUUAGUUUAUUUGUUUGUAGUUGCAAUCGAGCUGCAAGCGAACAGUCGCUGCUUAAAUUAAUACUUGCGCGGUCGUUUUAAUGAUAAUUCGCGAUUUCAUCGAUAUAUGUGUGUUUUAGGGGUACUCAGAAAGAAAAAAACAUUUUCUUUAAUGGAGGAUGUUUUUGCUACUAUUGAUAUAUUGGUCAAGGUGAAUAUAGAAAUACAUUCUUAUUAUCUGCGAAAUCGGCAUCUUUUAUUAUUUAUUAGAAUUUUUCACAAAAUAAAAGCCAACUCAAUUCACUAUUGCUUUUUAAUCAAUGUCACUUUUUAAUAUUCAGAUAGGGAGCUUUUAUAAACCUUUCAAACAGUGACGCUAUUCUUUUGAGUAUCCCUAAGGUUAUAGAUAAUGAAUGUUUAUAUACUUGUAAUACAUAUAGAUAUAUAUAUUGUAAUUAUUGACAUAUAAUGAUACGUAAUUAUUGAUAUAUAAUGUUAAAAUAUUUCUACAUAUAUAAUAUAAACGUUUAUAUAUAUGUGCGUAUUCAUGUAUAUUUAUAUAUAUAUAUAUAUAUAUAUAUAUAUAUAUAUAUAUAUAACAUUUAUACAUACCUACCUAAUAUAUCUAAUAUGUGAUGAUAUAUGUCGAGCAUCUACGGAAUAUUCAAGACCAAAAAUAAGAAAUAGAGAGACGUGCCCGAUUUUAUAUUAAGAUUAAUAAAUUUUGUAUUUUUUAAUAAUUUAACGUAAUAGAUGUGCAUGGUACAACCAAAAAAAUUUAGUUUUUAAAAAAAUUGGGAAUAUUUUCACAUUAUCUCAUUAUUAUCUCAUUAGUCGACAUUGUUUUAAUAUUGAUCGUGAGCUACAUGAUUUUGAAUAUACUUAAUAUGAAUGUUAUACAGGACGUUCGAACUGAAAUGUAGCAACGUUCCUAUAAAGUACAGAUCCUAAAAUUGUACAGAAAAGCCCUUUAUCACUUUGUACAAACGCAAUCACAAUAAUAUUGAAAUAUUAAUUAAACAAAAAAUUGUCAAAUCAAUGCAUGAGACGCGAUGGGUGACUUCUAUAUAGACAUGUUAUACUUACAUAGUAUAAUUAUCCUUGAUAACACAAAAUUAUCCAUUUUGACGAUAAUGGAACAGGACGAGCGCAUAUCUGAUUUCUUUUCGAAUCAAUAGGUAUUAUAAUUGUCGUUAUUAUUGUUGUUGUUGUUAUUGUUAUAUGCAGAAUAUAUUGUAAUUCGUGGCAUAUCUCUCUCUAUACUUAGUACUCUUAUUUGUAGAGUAUAUGUAGAGCGUUAAUCUUCCCAACAAUUGCGUCGAUGAACUCAACCAAGAGAUUUUAUUUACAUAUAUGAAUCGUUAAUUUCUAUCCCAGAUCACUGUACUCAAGCUUCGCGAAAGCGUAGGACGGAUUGAAAGUUUCAUAUGGUUUUGCGAUAUUCGCAAUAAUUAUUGAGAUAUUAAUCAGAAAAGAUUGACGAAUGAUCACGCGCGGUACAGCAGAUGAGUUGCGACAGCGACGCUUGCCAUCUUGCGCUUAUAGACUAGAUUAUAUUGCAUUAAAAAGUCCUCUAACAUUUUGCAAAUAAUUACGUAGAUCUUUAGUUUUUAUUAAUUAAAGAAGAUUGGUGUAUGAUUGUCCGCGAUAAUGCACUAACGUACUUUAAUUAAUAACUAAGAAUCUAUAUAGUUAUGUGCAAAAUGAUAUAUGACUUUUUUAUUCAAUUUGAUCUAACUAAAUGGAUAAGUAUACACGGAAAAAAAGAUUUGGUCGAAUUAACCAAAUAUCUGGUUAAAUAUGAACGAUCUAGAAAUUCCGAUUAAAAUAACCCGAAUUCUGUUU